UAAAAGACCGGCCGUUCGUACUGUGAGGUGUAGUCUUCGCGUUCGUGCGUGUGAAAGUCAACAUGAAGGUCUUCGCCGCCGUGCUCUGCCUCGCCGCCGCCGCCUCCGCCAGGAUGGCCUACCAGUUCUCGGACGGCUACCUCGACAUCCUGGGCGGCGAACCCCAGCAGGCCUUCUCCUGCGACAACCGCGCCUACGGCUACUACGCCGACGUCGCCAACGACUGCAGGAUCUUCCACGUGUGCGAGCCCGUGACGGACGAGCUCGGGGGCUUCGUCGAGACCGCCCACUACUCGUUCUUCUGCGGCAACCAGACCGUGUUCAGCCAGGAGUCGCUCACCUGCGCCCACCCCGAGGAGGCCUUCCCCUGCGACCAGGCCGAGUCCCUCUACGACGCCUCCAACGCCGACUUCGGCAAGAUCCCCGAGCAAAGUGGGAUCGACGUUCGAGUAGCCUGAGCAGCGCGGAGGACGCCCUUCGUCGGGAGUCCGUUCGGGUCCUACGUCACGGCUGGCGGAGGAUUCACCUUCUCCUCCUCCUCCUCCUUCUCCUCAUUCUCCUCCUUCUCUCACCCCUCCAUCCUUUCGACACCGUCUGCGUCGAUGUAGGUCGGUGUCGAAAAUGUCCUGCGUCGAAAAGAUUUUUUUGACGUAGAUACGAAUGUCGAAAUGAUUUUUUUGACGUCGCCACUUCAUCUUCUUUUGUUGUUAUUUGUUGUCGUUUUAGGUUAUUUGGAAGUUGAAGGAAAUUCAUAUGAUUUCAGUGAGUGACAUUUCAGGUCAGUAGGUAUUGUAUAAGCCAGUAUGAAAUAUACACUUUCUUUUAAAGUUUUACAUUCUAUUUUCUGUAUAUAGUAACGAAAAUAAAGAGAAUAAACAGAUAA